UAUGGCGCCAGUGAAUGCGAAGGCUUCGCCUUCGGAAUGGAUCCCAGUCCAUAGCACCGCCGGCACGCAUUAUUUAUUAUAAUGCUUAAGGAUAAAAACACAUGCAUUGAUCUCACAUGCAAGUUGGAAUUCAUACUAGCGCUUUGUUGAAUCCUGCCUCUUCCUUCCCUAUCUUUGUAUCACUAUAGACUGCCGCUAUGCGUCUUAUCAUCCGCGACGACCCUGCCACUGUCGGCGACUAUGUUGCCAACUACAUUGCCAAACGCAUUAAUGGCUUUGCACCGACCGCUGACAAACCUUUCGUGCUCGGUCUCCCAACAGGCUCCUCUCCUAUCCCAACUUACAAAGCUCUCAUCAACAAAGUCAAGGAGGGCAGCCUAUCGUUCAAGCACGUCGUCACUUUCAACAUGGAUGAGUAUGUCGGCAUUCCUCGUGACCACUCAGAGUCCUACCACACAUUCAUGUUCCGCGAGUUUUUCUCCCAUAUCGAUAUUCCCCCUUCCCAAGUGAAUUUACUAGAUGGGAACGCUGAAGACUUGGUCGCAGAAUGCAACGCAUACGAGUCCCGCAUCAAGCAGUGUGGUGGUAUCGAGCUCUUCCUGGGUGGUAUUGGUGAGGAUGGUCAUAUCGCAUUCAACGAACCUGGCUCGUCCCUCGCCUCCCGGACCCGCAUCAAGACACUCGCUUACGACACCAUCCUCGCCAACGCCCGCUUCUUCAACAACAACAUUGCUGCUGUCCCCCGUAUGGCCCUUACAGUCGGUGUUGCCACAGUACUUGAAGCCAGGGAAGUCGUGGUUGUGGUCACAGGCCAAAGGAAGAGCUUGGCUCUUAGCAAGGCUAUUGAGGACGGCGUAAACCACCUUUGGACUCUUUCUGCGCUGCAGCUCCAUCCUUGGGCGUUGAUUGUAGUCGAUGAGGAUGCUACAGCUGAGUUGCAUGUUAAAACAGUCAAAUAUUUCAAGUCAAUUGAACGCGUGCAAGACGAGGUGGAGCAACGGCAGGCAGAGCUGAAGGCGAGAGGUCGGACAGAGCAUCAGGGGCAGGUCGGCAGUAUGGAGUGAUGCUAUCUGUCCAUACUAUGAGCUACAGUAUGAUGAUCAAGCGGAACAGACAAGAGAUAUAUUGAAUCUAAUACUGAGUAGUGAGAUUCAAAGUAAGAUCUCGAAGCCCAGGAAGAUAAUCCAGUAGCUCACAACCGCUCGUUUCGUUUGUUUGGGUCCAUUUCGUUCUGAAACGGAC